CCUACACUCCUUAGAUUACCAAGAAAUUCAUUCCUUCGUUCAUUCUUUUCCAUUCUUUGGAUCUCGUCACAAUGCUUGCACUUCUUAUCUUACUACCCUUCUUGGGUCUCCUCAGCCUAGCUAGCGCAGCGCCAGCGAUCGCUUUCUCGCCUCACCACCAUCACUCUCAUCAUGAAGUGCGAGCCGCUCUAUCUUCUCCUGAAUCCAAUGUCACAUUGGAACCUGCUAUCGAGCAGCUUGAGCGCCGAGCCGUCCCCAAAAAGCGUGGUCUCGCCUACAACAACCCUGCCCUGACCAAGCUCUUCACGGGCGCCAAUUCGAAAAUCUCCUGGAUGUGGAAUUGGGACUCAGCAAAAUACAACGGCGUCAAUUCAAACCUUGUCUACUGCCCUAUUCUCCAAUCCAACGCAGCCUCCGACACCUCUAAAUGGAACGCCAACUUCGCGACCGCCUGGGCCGCAGGGUCCCGCCACGCCUUCUCCUUCAACGAACCCGACCAAUGCGGCGGUGGAGGUUCUUGCAUUCAGAACGUCGCAACAGCCGUUGCCGCACAUAAACAAUGGGUCCAGCCGCUCGCUGCUAAGUACGGGAACGGCAUCCGCAUCGGCGCGCCGAGCGUGACGAAUGGCGUGAAAGACGCGACCACGGGGUCCGUCAUGGGCCUCCCGUGGCUCCAGCAAUUCAUCGCGCAGUGCACCGGCUGCCGUCUAGAUUUCAUCGUCGUGCACUGGUACGACUCAGCCACCAACAUCGCCUACUUCAAGCAGCACUUGAAUGACGCAUAUGCUGCUGGAGGCGGCCGACCGGUCUACGUCACCGAAUUCGCUCCCACGUCCGGCACGGAUGCGCAGAUACAGCAAUUCUUGAAGGAUGCAAUGGCCUUCAUGGACUCGACGAGCUGGGUCCAGUGGUACUCGUACUUCAUGACCGCGGAAGGGAACCUGGUCAACGACGCUGGCAAUGGGCUGUCGACGCUAGGGCAGAUUUACAACACAUAUUGAUUUUGAGGGUUUAGAAUACUUAGGGGAGGAGGUUUGGUGCUAUCCUUCGGUCUUAAUUGAUCCCUUCACUUCUUCCAUUCGCUUAUACCCACCUUUUACACACACUUUGGGUCCGGGUCACCCACAUUCUUACUUUCGCUUAUGCCUAACAUUCACACCUAUAUUCUUGUAUAUACUUCAUUUCACUUCGAUGGCGGAAUACAUCUUACCGCAUAGACUAGGAGCCACUGGCUUUCACCAUGGAAUCAAACAAAUUUUGGUACCACUAU